CUUCCUUCGUCCACUUUACCGGCUCCUGUUUAUGGAGUGAAAACACAUUUCAGCACAUCAAAUAAACGAUGGAGCUACGGGUCGUUUUUAAAGGACUGCUGUCGGCGUUGCUGUCUCCACCGACCUGUUGACGACACACUGGGAUGACCGUGGUGUUUUUGUACAGUUUGCUGUCGGUCCAGAUUUAAGCUAACGAUCCUGAAAGAUGGACGAUGGCGAAGUUUCAGACGUUCAGACCGUUUCCACGACUCAUCCCAGAGAACCGAACGUGGAACUGAGGAAACUGCUUUUAUUUAAAACGUACAAGACCCGGUGGUUUGUGCUGCUGGUGUUGUGUUUGUUAAACUGCUCCAACGCCACGAUAUGGAUCACCUUCGCCCCGGUAGCCGAUCAGAGUGCGCAGUACCUGCAUGUCGGUCUGGACAUGAUCAACUAUUUAUCGCUGGUCUUCAUGGUGGUGGCCAUCCCGCUCAGCUUCGGGAGCACCUGGAUGCUGGACACGCUGGGGUUACGGAUCACGUUGAUUCUGGGCUCCUGGCUGAACAUGUUUGGCGCCAUGAUCCGCUUCCUCGCCAUGGCCCCGAGCCUGAGCGCCCAGGCCCGGUACGGAGUGGUCAUGCUGGGGCAGACCCUCGGCGCAAUGGCUCAGCCCCUCAUGAUUUUCGCCCCCACCAAGCUGGCCGCUCUGUGGUUUCCCGACCAUCAGCGGGCCACCGCCAACAUGGUGGCCUCAAUGGCGAAUCCCCUGGGCAUCCUGCUCGCUAAUAUCAUCUCUCCUUUGGUGGUGACGACAUCCGACCAAAUCCCCACUCUGCUGCUCGCCUAUACAAUCCCACCUAGCAUCAUCUGUCUCCUAGCAACAGCGGGGAUACGGCGCAGCACCCCGCCGACGCCGCCGUCGGCGAGCGCAGAGUCCUCCGGAUCCGAGCCGUUUUUACAGGGAAUCAAACUGCUUCUGACAAACAAAGCCUACCUGGUCCUGCUGCUGUGCUUUGGCUCCGGCAUCGCUGUUUUCACCUGCUUCUCCACGCUGCUGGAGCAAGUCCUGUGUGUGAAAGGAUACACCAACGACUUUGCCGGCCUGUGCGGCGCUCUCUUCAUCGUCUUCGGCAUCGUCGGCGCCGGCGUGCUCGGCGUCUACGUGGACAAGACCAAAAAGUUCACCGAAGCCACGAAGAUCAACCUGAGCUUCUCGGCUCUGGCCUGCAUCGCCUUCUCAGUGGUGUCUCUGAUGCCGCAGCAGAAAGUCGCCGUCGCUGCCGUCUGCUCCCUCUUCGGCUUCUUCGGCUUCUCCAUCUACCCCGUGGCCAUGGAGCUGUCGGUGGAGUGCACGUACCCGGUGGGAGAAGCCAUGUCGACGGGGCUCAUCUUCGUGUCGGGACAGGUGCUGUCCGUCCUCUACAUCUUCCUCCUUCAGGCUUUAACCACGCAGCUCACCGAAUCCUCUCUGUCCACCUGCGGGGACACAGUCCUGAGCUGGAAACUACCCAUGAUGGUGAUGGCCGGACUGUGCGCUCUGUCCAGCUGCUGCUUCGUCCUCCUCUUCCACACCCGCUACAGACGGCUGGAGGCCGAAGAGCAAGCCAAAUACGAGGCCGAGCAAAGACUCCCGGCCAGCAGCGGCGAGUGCGACGCAGCGAGCAGCUGACACCGUCCGUUUGAGCAACGUCUCACUGCUUUCACAUUUUUCCUUAAUCCAGGCGUGAAUGAAAGCUUCGGUACAACAUCGGGGCCGAACAUGUCCUGUAGGAAUGUUUACUUUAAAAAAAAAAAAAAAAGUAUUUGUAAGGGAGUUUGGGUCCAAUUUUAAAAUAAUCAUGUGUAAAUUAAAUUUUUCAUUUCCAUAUUUUUAUCAAACUAUUUUUUUUAUUAUUCUAAUAGGAAAAAAAUACGUCAGACCAAAAAUACAAUGCUGCACUGCUGAGUUCAGGGUCCUGAACUGAGAUACUUGUACUUCCAGGUUUUUUUUUUUUUGUUUACUUUUAGAAAUUCAAGGUACUUUCAACACAAUCUAUCUCCAACAACUUUGUGUUUUCUUCAGAAAGUCGUGUUUUUCCUCAGAUUGAACCAGACUUCUGUAUUUUCUCAGAACACUGGACUUCUAACGGUUUGAUGUUAUUUCCAGAAGACUAGAAUGAAGGUGACGCUUCUUGCAGACGAUCAGGUCUCAUAACUGUAUUUACAAGGUACAACACAGUGGCCAGGCAGAUAAGCAGAAUAAACAGACUCUCCGCUCAGGGUCGCUCUUUAUUCAAUCUGCAGUGUUUUUCAUAUCGUGUGUCAAUAAAUAAACUGAAGUAAUUCUUUUUCUUUCUAUCGACACCAUCUGUCCCACUGCGGCUGCAAAUAAUGUAAUAAUGUUCAAUAACUUCAUACUUUUGUCUUUUUUCCAAUGUGUUGACGCCAAAAUGUGAGGAGAUAUUUCAGCCGUACAUGAAUUUCUGAGAAAUUAAUUUCAUUAUUGUGUUAACAAUGGCCAAAAUUAUUACGUUAGUGGUUGUUGUGCCACUAUUUUAACAAAUACUUCAACACUAUUACAAUAAAAAAUGCUUUAACCACAUUAAUGACACAUUUUUGAAGUUGCUGCCUUUUUGCAGGACUGCAGGUUUUAACACACACACACACUUGAGGGUUUUGUGCAAUGCAAACAUGAAGUGCCUCAUAUGGUUAAGUGGAAUAAGUUGUUCAAUGUUUUACAUUUUUAAAUGCUGUUUAAUAUACUGAUUCCUUUUUACAAUUUCAUAUAAAAUGCACCAUUUUUAACUCAUGAUUUUGAAUUUAGUUGCUGAUUAAAGUUUAUUAUGUCUCCAUGUCUGAAUAAAACAUUUCGUA